CUUUUCUUCCCUCAAUUCCGCCCCCUUAAAUCCAAACCCCUGAACUUUCCUCUCCCUUCCUCCUCCAACCCCCCAAAAAUUCCCUCCGUCCAAACACUCAUUCCCCUUUCCAUGCCCCCAACCACCUCCCCACCAUGCAACCCCACUACCUCUCUCUCCAUCACCGAAACCAUAAACGGUUCUCACCGAUUCACCAUCCAGGGCUACUCCUUAGCCAAAGGCAUCGGCAUUGGGAAACACAUCGCCAGCGAGAAUUUCACCGUCGGCGGUUACCAGUGGGCCAUUUACUUCUAUCCAGAUGGUAAGAAUCCUGAAGACAACUCUUCCUAUGUCUCCGUCUUCAUCGCUCUCGCCAGCGAGGGCACCGACGUCCGCGCCUUGUUCGAGCUUACCCUCAUCGAUCAGAGCGGCGAAGGCAAGCACAAAGUCCAUAGCCACUUCGAUCGCUCCCUGGAGAGUGGGCCUUACACGCUCAAAUAUCGCGGCAGCAUGUGGGGUUAUAAGCGUUUCUUUAGAAGGGCAAUGCUUGAAACGUCGAAUUUCCUAAAGGAUGAUUGCUUGAAAAUUCACUGCACUGUUGGGGUGGUGGUUUCUGCAAUAGACUGCUCGAGGCUGCACUCUAUAAAGGUCCCUGAGUCGGAUAUUGGAGCGCAUUUUGGUAUGUUGCUGGAGAAUGAGGAAUGUUCUGAUAUUACCUUUACUGUGCAUGGAGAAAAGAUUCAUGCCCACAAAUUGGUAUUGGCUGCUCGUUCCCCUGUAUUUGAGAGUGAAUUCUUUGAUUCCUUGGAGGAAGACAAUCGUGAGAUAGUUGUUACAGAUAUGGAACCUAAGGUUUUCAAGGCUUUGCUUCAUUUCAUAUACAAAGAUACUUUGGUUGAAGAUGAGGAGCUCUCUGUAUCAAGUUCAUCUUGCAUGUCAACUAUAUCAGAUACUUUGGUUGCAAAGUUAUUGGCGGCAGCUGACAAGUAUAACUUACCUAGACUCAGACUAAUGUGCGAGUCUGUACUCUGCAAGGAUAUAUCUGUAAAUUCUGUUGCCAAGAUUCUUGCCUUGGCUGAUCAUUAUCAUGCUAUGGACUUGAAAUCUGUUUGCCUAAAAUUUGCUGCAGAAAAUCUCGUAGCUGUCAUGCGCUCUGAUGGUUUUGAGUAUCUUAAAGAGCACUGUCCAUUGCUGCAGUCAGAACUUCUAAAAACAGUGGCAGGAUGUGAGGAGGAUUUCAGUGGAGGGGGGAAGAGCCGAAGUGUAUGGGCACAGUUUUCAGAUGGAGAUGAAACAAAUGAUAGGAGUGUAAGGCAACAACCAUGGGAAGACGGAGUGGAAAGAAGCCGGAGCUUAUGGGUCCAGCUUGAUGAUGGUGAUGCUGACAGGAGCCCUGGUCAAGCAGACUGAGAAUAUGUAUAAUGCAAGUCUGGUUUCACAACAUUGAUGGGAAGGAGGAGAGGGGAGCAAAAAUUAAUGGUAUGGAGUUAUCAUAUCGUCCAGUCGGUUUUACUUGUCAUUUUCACUGAUGUGUUAAAUUUGAUGCCUCUGAAAGCAAAGAUGUAGCUAGAAGGCAAAUGUGUUUUCUCAAGUAACUUGUAAUUUUUCCUUGUUAAGGGGAAAACAUAAAACAACUUCUAAUUUGUCCAGAGAAAUUGAUUAAAAGAGGAGGAAAUGUAUAAACAGAUUGGGGGCAAGUUCAAGUUAUUUUCAGUUUCUUGG